AUGGCAGCUCUCAAAGAGGACCUGCAAUGCUCACCGGCCCAGCUUGUUUACGGGGAACCCCUGCGCUUGCCCGGUGAACUAUUGCAUUGCCCCUUCUCCCCCUCCAGAUCGCGUCGAGGGCUUAACCAACUUCGCCACCCAACCCCGCCUGCAGAGGGCACGACUGGGCCAACACCUGCCUCCCGCCAUGGUCAGCAGCCAGUCUUCGUUUCGAAGGACCUUUUGACUGCUACACACGUCUUCUUGAGAGAUGACACAGUCAGACCUUCCCUCAAGCCGCCCUACAGUGGACCUCAUAAGAAGGUCGACGCUUUGAGCAGAAGUCACGCAGGCUCUCGUUCGCGGAGCAGCUCACGCUCCCGGCCUCGUUCUGCAUCUCGGCACCGCAAGUCGGGCGCUUGUUGGUACCACGCCAAAUUCGGUACCAAGGCCGCCAAAUAUUUGACUCCAUGCACAUGGAAACCCGAUCAGACGGGAAACGCCCUGAACAAUCAG